AUGUGGGAAAGAGCUACAACAUCUUUUUGGCGUUUGGGCAAAAGAUUCAGAAAUUCUGGAAAGGGAAUUGAUAGGAAAAAUCACAAAAACAACGACAGCAGUGGAACUAAAAAACACGUAAAAAACAAAUCAGCGGAGGGCACCUUUCUUCGGAGUCAGCCGUUCACAUCAAGUUUACCCUCUGCAACGCAUGUUUCGUAUCUUUCGUCGAUUCUUUCUUCACUGUGGCCUUCUGAUGGGGCGAGGGAAAUAGAAAAGGUUGACAUGAAAACACAGCGUAUAAAAGCAGUUAGUAAACCAAAGUCGGCACUUUUCGACCAAACGAAAUCAUUUGUGUCAAGCUUACUCUCUGCAGAAACAGAUGGCUCUGUGUUGUUGAAAACACGAGAAUUGUGUAAGCAUUAUAUGGAAUAUCCUGAGGCGCGUGCUGCUGGGUUCCAG